AUAUCGAUCGCCGGCGACGAGGCGGGGGGAGGCGGAGAAGAUCGAUGUCGUACCUGCUGCCGCACCUGCGCUCCGGAUGGGCGGUGGACCGGGCCAUCGUCGCCGAGGAGGAGCGCCUCGUCGUGAUUCGCUUCGGCCACGACUGGGACGAGGCCUGCAUGGUGAUGGACGAGGUGCUGGCCGGGGUGGCCGAGACGAUAAAGAACUUCGCGGUGAUCUACGUCGUCGACACCGCCGAGGUUCCCGACUUCAACGCCAUGUACGAGCUGUACGACCCGUCGACGGUCAUGUUCUUCUUCCGCAACAAGCGCCUCAUGGUCGAUCUCGGGACGGGAAAUAACAACAAGAUCAACUGGGCGAUGAGAGACAAGCGGGACUUUGUUGACAUCGUGGAGACUGCCUACCGAGGAGCUCGUAAGGGUCGUGGUCUGGUGACUGCUCCCAAGGAUUACUCCACCAGAUAUCGUUACUGAAUUAAGGUGUUUCUGUUUGGAUGUUCACGUGUAAGGUCUGGUCUGCUAUAGGUUACUGCCAGUACUCAGACAUGUAGUUCUCCAACAACGAAAUGAAGGAGUGCAUAUGUACGUACGCACGGUUCUGCAAAUAUGUCGAACUUUUAAGCACAGUUUAAUGUAGACUUGA